UUUGUCAGCCCUGGCAUUUCACUGAUUAGGCUAUUUGUCAUUCACUAUACGUUACUGGGGUAAAGUGUUGCCUGACAGUGUCCAUGUUUGCCGCAGUAUGUGGGUGACAGUAGCCAUUGUUUCCGUGAUUGUCUGCUUAUUGUGGAGUCUGACUGGUCGACGGAAGGGACUCCCACCAGGUCCGACAUGUUAUCCAAUCAUAGGGAAUGUCGGACUCAUCAAACCGUCAGAAGCCGUGAAAGAUCAUAGAAGACUAAGGAAGAUUUACGGAGAUUUCUACUCCUUAAUGAUCUUCCAUAGACCUGUCAUUUUCAUCCAUGGUCUCCAUAACAUACGGGAACUUUUGGUCAAACACGGGGAUGUGUUCUCAGACAGACCAAAGGUGUUUCCAUCUGAAGUCCUUGCUAAAAGAAAAGGUUUGGCCUGGUCUUCUGGGUCAUGGUGGAAGGAACAGAGAACAUUUGCUCUGACAACGAUGCGAAAAUUUGGAUUUGGAAGACGAUGUCUCCAAAGCCAAGUGAUGGAGGAAGUGGACUGUUUGAUGGAAGAGUUUGAAAAAUACGAAGGUCAACCAUUUGACAUCCAAGAACAACUAAAAAUUAGCAUAUCAAAUGUGAUAUGCUCACUUCUAUUUGGCAAAAGGUUCGACUAUGAAGACGCAAAAUUCAAGCGGUUGUUGGGCUUGUUCAAAACAAUAUUGAAAGCUUUAAAUCUUUCAGCCCCGGCAUUCUUUUUUCCUCAGUUGACCCCUUUUACUGGCUUUAACAAAGCACUUCCAGUUAUCAAAGCUCUGACUGAAUUUGUUGGUGAAAUUGUCGAGGAACACAGACAAAACUUUGACGAGAACAACAUCAAUGAUUAUAUUGACGCCUACCUCGCAGAGCAGAAACGCAGGACUGGUGAAAUUAACACCACAUUCACAGAUGAGCAACUCACUGGUUCUGUUCGAGAUUUUUUCACUGCUGGGACGCAACCGACAUCAUUAACAUUGACUUGGACCCUUCUGUAUUUAACUAACUAUCCCGAGAUGCAGAGAAAACUCCAGAAGGACAUCGAUAGUGCUAUAGGUCAAGGCCAGCCCAAUAUGGAACAUAAAGAACAGUUGCCAAUGGUGGAGGCAUUUAUACUUGAGGUUCAGCGAAUGGCGAACAUUGUUCCUUUGAACCUACCGCAUACAACAAACGAUGACUUUUGGUAUCAAGGUUAUCUCUUUCCAAAGGGAGCAGUUAUGUUUUUCUUAAUAGAUUCUGUGCUGUCUGAUCCGAACAUUUUUCCAGAGCCUUCGAAAUUCAGACCAGAGAGAUUUUUGGACGAGAACGGAAAAUGUUCUUCAGUGCAGAAAGACAAACUCAUUGCUUUCUCAACAGGUCGCCGAAUAUGUCUAGGAGAGCCACUCGCCAAAAUGGAGCUAUUUCUGUUCUUGACAAGAAUCUUGCAGAGAUUUGAUGUAAAGCCAGAAAGCCCUGAUUGUUUGCCAUCCCUGAAGGCAUCACUUGGUUUUGCCAACGAGCCGCAAGCCUUUAAUUUGAGACUUGUUAAACGUUGAGACACUACUCUUGUAAUGAAGACGAAGAAGUUUCAGUACAGUGUCCAGGAGCUUCAAAUGAAGAAUCGUUUUCAUUGCGACAUAAAUAACAGCAGAUGUAGAUAUUUUUUAAAAAUUGUGUUUGUCUGUUAUAGAAUAAGUAUAUACGCCCAAGAAAUAUAUUAAAUUGUGUAAUGUAGAUCAUUGGAGACUUAUGUUAGCUCCAAAAGUCUUUUUUUGAAUUAUAAAUUUGAACUUAUUGUUGACACUUUUUCCGUUUUAAGAACGUAAGUUGUGCUUUUCUGUUUAAGGAAAGAUAAUGGUGAAACUGGAUUGUAAAUAUAAUCACGUUUAACUGUGUUGAUGAUCCUUUUUAAUGUGAUUGUCACCGACUUCUGAGCCUUUAGUACUAAAUCCAGGGUAACUUGCAAGAGAAUUCUUAUUGGUUAAUGUGCUAGGUGGAUAACCUGAAUUCAGGCGUAAGUAACUUGAAGUCACAAUGCAUUGUCUUUCUACUUGCUUUAAAACUAUCCUCAGAUAUUUAACUUAGUACGCAUUUCAUUCAAAUGAAGUAAAUAAUCAGGCUGCAGGGUCCUUAGGCAAUUUUAUAUUUGAUUCAGAAUUUGUAUUGUGUUUUUGAAUUGUAUUAUAAAACACACAUGAAAUUUUAAUUGUUAUUAAACAAAUUUCCCUUC